UGGGGUAUGGACGCAGACUUGGCAGAGAUGUUCUACAACUACUUCGGCGGCGACAUUUACACCACCAAGCAGGCUUUGGAGAGCCUCAUUCGGAAGAAAGAUACCUUCGACCCCUUUGCGGUUGUGCGAUGUCCCGGGCUGCCUUCGUGUGCGAAAAAUGCGCCGGCAAGGGCUCACCUGGAGAACAUCGCCAAGCAAGGCUUCUCUUUGGUGGAGGAUGUCGAGACUGACGAAGGUGCAAAAAUGAUUGCGGAGAAAAACGUGGGCGGGGUCAUCGACAAGGAUGCCAUCACAUUUGGCUUGCCCCCCAUCUUCACCGGCACAGACCGGAAAUAGGCUGUCAUCCCCUCGUCUUAUCAUAUGAAGCUGCUGAUUGCCCAUGAGCUCCAGAAUAUUCCUUUGCCAACAUCAGGUGGUACUGGGACUGCACCACCAGCCGUUUGGGUGAGACAAAUCCGCAAGGACGGUGAUACAUUCGAGCAGGUGGGCAGCGCUUUCCCAAUUGACCCAGUGCCCUCCAAUAUUGCCUAUUUGAAGAAUGCAAUUAAGGCAGAGAAGCCGAACAAAGUGAAGUGUGACGCAGAUGAAAUUGAUAUUUUUAGCCAACAGGAUGGAAGUUGGAUUAGGGAAGAUGAAGAAGCAUCUGUCAAUCGCGGCACGUCUAAGACAGAUUGCUAUGGCUUCACAUUGCCAUCAGCGUGAGUGAAACCAAUUGAGAGCAAGGGUUCCCAAUAGUUUCACCGAAUUCCAUCUUUGGAGUAAAUGUAGAGUGGAUGUCGUUGUGGCAUGACCGUGCAUCACUCACAAGAUAUGAGACUUGACACUGCGUUGACACUCUUGUCCAGCAGGUUGUGCACACAGCGGGUGAAGAAACAGUGAACCAAGAAGCUGUUCAAGAUACGUUUCACUCGGGCAAUGUAUACGCCCAAGCACAGCCACGAAUCCAACCAUGCAUCGUGAGAAAAGGUAAGUGCUUGAUUUUGAACCGGCUUUCCUGAGAGAAACUUGAAAAGAAAACUGGAGGAAUAUAUAUUGAAAAUUUGUGGAAAAGAAGUUGAUAAAGUUUGGUGUGCCUUUGACAGGGUUAAGCAAGAAGGGGGAAAAGUAUGACAAAUUUCGCGAAUGAAAUUAAAUAUUACUGUUUUAGGGUGUUCAGACGCCUGGGUGCCACUAGGGUUUCUUUUAAAAAAAGUCAGGUGUUUGGUGUAAGUCUGUGAAAUUCAUUUUUACACACUGAGUCAAAAAAGUUCAAAAAGAACGGGAAUCAAGCAAGAUGAACAAUGCUCAUGAAAUGAAGGCAGUGGAAUCUUAAUGAAGUACUAAACUUAGGGUCGCAAACGCCAUGGCGGAACACAAGCUGAUUAACAUUAAACUACAUUGUACAUUCUACACGAAAUCAGAACCCAGGUUCACGGUAUCCAGGUGUAU